GUUAUAAAUGAUAUAAAAACAUGUUUAAUACAAUGAAUGUUUUUUUAUAUUUUCAGAGUGGGAACCUUAGUGAUAGUGAUAGUGAUAGUGAUAGUGAUAUUGAUGUUAAAGAAGAGAAUAUGGAAGAGGAUGAAGAGUAUGGAGUGAUGAAGGAGGUUUCAGAUGGGCACAAGAAUGUGAUGGAGUCUUCUAGUAACAGAAACCCACCAAAGAGAUGUCCCCGUCCUCUGUAUUCCCGGGAUUCUACACGGAAGGACCACACCAUCCCCCACCAUCAUCAGAGUGGAAACCUUGGAGGUCAUAAAGUUGUUGUCAAAGACGAGUAUAUAGAGGAGGAUGAGGAGUAUGGAGUGAUAAAGGAGCUUUCUGGAGGACGCAAGGAUGUGAUGGAACCACCUAGUAACAGAAACCCACCAGAGAGAUGUCCCCGUCCUCUGUAUUGCACACAGGGAGGUCAAACCAGCCCUCAUCAUGAUCAGGUUGAAGAUCUGAUUAUGAAAGUUGAGGAAGAAGAAGAAGAGACGUAUGUGAGGGAUGAUCAGCAAUAUACGGAGGAGGCUGGGAUGACAAGGACAAUCAUAGGGGAGGACACUCCUGCAGAGAUCAGCACAGGACACGCCAUGGAGAAACCCUCAAAGGAUCGCCCCAUUUUGUGGAGAAUACGAGACAAGGACGCCUCAGGAGAUUGUGUCGGGGAAAACAGCUCCACUAUGGAUGGAGGACUUCACGGUGUGGACAGACCAUGGAAUCCCUCUGAGUUUGAGAAUCCAUGCGCUGUGUGGGAUGGUUCUGGAAUUCCGGGGGAGGAGACAUUUUCCUGUCCUGAAUUUGGGGAAAGUUUUUUUUCUGAAUUAAGAUUUUCUGUACAUCAGAGGUCUCACACGGGGGAGAAGCUUCAUUCCUGUCCCGAGUGCGGAAAAUGUUUUCCUCGUAAGUCGACGCUGGUCAUACAUCAGAGGUCUCACACGGGGGAGAAGCCGUAUUCCUGCCCCGAGUGCGAGAGAAGUUUUUCGCAGAAAUCAAACCUUAUCACACAUCAGAGAUCUCACACGGGGGAGAAGCCGCAUACCUGCCCCGAGUGCGGCAAAUGCUUCUCACAUAGGACCAGCUUCUACAGACAUCAGUUGAUACACGCGAGCGAGAAGCCAUUUUCCUGCCCUAUGUGCGAUAAAUGUUUUGCCCGGCAAGUAGACCUCGUUAUGCAUCAAAGAUGUCACACAAGGGAGAGGCCUUAUACCUGCCCUGAGUGCGGGAAAUGUUUUGCGCGGCAAUUAGACCUCGAUAUGCAUCAGAGAACCCACACAGGUGAGAAGCCCUUUCCCUGUCCCGAGUGCGGGAAAUGUUUCGGACAGAAAUCGGUACUCGUCAGGCACCAGAAAUCUCACACGGGGGAGAGGCCAUACUCCUGCUUUGAGUGCGGGAAAUGUUUUGGACAGAAAUCAGUACUCGUCAGACAUCAAAGAUCUCACACGGGUGAGAAACCGCAAAACCUGCCCUGAGUGCGGGAAAUCUUUUCCAUGGAAAUCAGACCUCAUUAUGCAUCAAAGAACUCGCGCAAGUGAGAAGCCGUAUUCCUGCUCUGAGUGCGGGAAACCUUUUGGACAGAAAUCAACACUUGUCAGACUUCAAAUCAUGUUCUUGCCCUGAGUGUGGGAAAUGUUUUUCAUGGCAAUUAGACCUCAAUAUGCAUCAAAGAACUCACACAGAGAAGCCGUUUUUCUGUCCAAAGUGCGGGAAACAUUUUGGAAAGAAAUCAGUAUUUGUUAGGCAUCAAAGAACUCGCAUAUGGGAGAAACCGUAGAACCUUCCCUGAGUGCGGGAAAUGUUUUCCAUGGAAAUUAGACCUUGUUAUGAAUCAAAGAUCUCACGCAGGGGAGAAACUGUAUUCCUGCCCUGAGUGCUGGAAAUGUUUUUCAUAGACGUCUGGUCUUGUGAAACAUCAGAGAACUCGCACAACCCUCAAGGUGUAUUAUUGUCCUGAGUGAGGGAAAUGCCUUCUACACUAUAUUACCAAAAGUAUUGGGACGCCUGCGCUUGACACGCGCAUGAACUUUAAUGACAUCCCAGUCUUAGUCCGUAGGGUUCAAUAUUGAGUUGGCCCCGCCCUUUGCAGCUCAGUUGGCCUCAGAUUUAUCCUUAUCCCUCAAAGUCUUUCUGAAGAAGUGGGUUUAUCCCACGAAACGCGUUUGAGGCACAACUGUAUAAGGACCUCCCAAUGUACACUAGAUUGUCAAAAGUAUUGGGACGCCUGCCUUUACACGCACAUGAACUUUAAUGGCAUCCCAGUCUUAGUCCGUAGGGUUCAAUAUUGAGUUGGCCUCAGAUUUAUCUUUAUCCCUUGAAGUCUUUCUGAAGAAGUGGGUUUAUCCCACGAAACGCGUUUGAGGCACAACUGUAUAAGGACCUCCCAAUGUACACUAGAUUGUCAAAAGUAUUGG